AUGAGUGUUCAGACACCACCCAAACUCCAGAAGCUGGCAAUUCAGACUCUGAUGAGAAAUGAGGCUGAGGUCAUCUCCUCUCUGGAGGAGCUACCUCCUCUACUCUUCCAAAUACUGUUCAAGGAGGCCUUCAUUGUCAGACAAACCAAUCUCAUAAAGGCAAUGGUGGCAACCUGGCCUGAAACCUAUCUCCCUGUGGGGUCAUUAAUGAAGAGGCCUGACAUGGAAAUCUUACAAGCUGUGCAAGAUGGAGUAGACAUGAGAUUGAAUAGAGAGUUUUACACCAGGAGGGGAAAACUACAGGUUCUUGAUAUGAGAAAUGUGCACCAUGCCUAUUGGAAUGUAGGGAAUGACAAUGACUAUUCAGCACGGACCUCGGACAAAGAGCAAGCAGAGAAGUUCCUUCCCAGAUAUGCAUUGAGGCAGCAUCUGAAAGUCAUAUUUCCCCUGUCUCUCGCUUCCCGCCAGAGUGAAUCAAAUGCAUUUUUCUUGAAUUGGGCCCAGCAGAGAAAGAGGCUCCUAUAUUUCUGCUGUAUAAAGAUGAAGAUUUGGCCUAUAGCAUUCCAGGAUAUCAGAGAUAUCUUGAAAAUUUUUCAUCUAGAGUACAUCAGAGAAUUAGAACUGAAUAUCGACUGGACUCUGUUAGAGCUAAAAUAUUUUGCUCCCUACUUCGGGAAGAUGAAAAAUCUUCGCAAAUUCAUGCUGUCACCCAUUCACAAGGAAACCUACCCUAUUACCAAUGUAACAAGAGUCACAGAUGUCCAGUGUCUCGACAAGUUUAUCUCUCAGUUUUCCAAAUUCAACUGUCUCCAGCAUAUCUGCUUGAAACGUGUCCAUAUUAUCAAAGACAAGAUGAAUCAGGUCCUAGGGUGCCUGAGGACACCCUUGGAGACCCUCUCCAUCAUUCACUGCCAAAUUUCACAGGCAUUCGUGGAUUCCUUUUCCUGCAGUCGGAGCCUCUUUCAGUUAAAACAUCUGGAAAUAAAAGGAGUGACCUUAGAUGCUUUCGAUCUUACACAUUUGAGAGGUCUCCUAGAAAAAGUGGUAGACAGUCUUGGGACUCUGGAUCUGUCACAGUGUCAUAUGAAGGACUCCCAUGUCAAUGUCCUCCUACCUGCCCUCACACAGUGCUCUCAGCUCACCGAUGUCAACUUCUGCUACAAUGACUUCUCCAUGCCCACCCUGAAGGACCUUUUGGAGCACACAGUCAACUGGAGAAAGAUAAAUGUGGAAGAAUACCCUGCCCCUCUGGAGUGCUAUGAUGAGCUGAAUCAUGCCUCCAGAGAAAGAUUUGCCCAACUUUGUGAGGAGCUCAUGGAUACACUCAGGCAAGUAAGGCAGCCCAAGAACAUCUCCUUUGCUACUGUAGCAAAUACCUGUCCUAAAUGUCGUGGCAAGUAUGUCUAUGGCCAUGGGGCCAAACUUUGUUCUUGUUGA